AGUGGUUCACGGAACGCCGAUUUUGUCAAAAGUCUUGGAGCAGAUGAAGUCCUCUUCUAUGAUCGGUCUGCAGAUAUCUUGGCGGAUUUACGGGGUGUUACAUCGCGUCAUGGUCCGUUUGAUCUGGUUUUUGACUCGGUAUCGUCUCAUGAUCCGCGCGAUGCGAGUUUUGCUUAUGAAAGUCGAAUUCGCAACGUUAAGCCCAAAAUGGUUACUGGAAUGUACAUUUUUAUCGGGGGUCUCGUGACCGACUGGGCGUUUGCACACGUCAAACGUUUUUUCGGUGUCAAUUGCUUCUCAAAGGGCAGACUACUGUUCUGGGUGAGGUUUCCGGAUAGUACUCAAAGACUUGAAUCACUUCGUCAGUUUUGUGAGGCCAAUCAGCUCAAGGUCGCAAUAGCCAAUCGCAUGCUGUUCACGGACGAAGGUGUUCAGGAAGCAUUUCGCUUACAAAUGAGUCGUCGUGCAGUAGGUAAAAUUGUCAUUGAAAUUGUUUGUGAAAAGAAAUAAUUUUGUACUUCGUUUUUCUCGAAAUUUUCCAGGAGUUACUUCAAAAAAAAUAACGAUACUGAAUAUGCGUGAAAGCAUAAGAAGGUUCACAAGAGUCUCACUUAAUAAAAACAUCCAAGUAGUUUUUGUUAAAUUCAAUAUAAUAAACGAUAAAUAUGUGCCAUUUUUAACUCUUUUGGUUUUCUGUUGAAGUAGUGUUCUGUACAAUGGAUGAGAGCCUGUUUAUUUACAAACAAAUCAACCCUCAAAGAGGACUUCAUCUGCUCCAAGACUUUUGACAAAAUCGGCGUUCCGUGAACCACUCACUGCAGUCACUCUCGCGCUCUUGAUUUUAGCUAUUUGCACGGCGAAGUGACCAGUUCCGCCCGAAGCGCCUAGAACCAGAACAUGUUGUCCAGCCAUUAGAUUAUUGUCCUCGAAGGCUUGCAAGACGGUCAAACCACCUAAAGGAAGCGCACACGCUUCAGCGAACGACAUAUUAUCGGGUUUGCGGCUGAUGAAAUCAGUCGGUGCCCGUACAUAUUCUGCAAAUGAGCCGCAAAAAGGAGGGAUUGUUCCAAAUACUGCAUCUCCCGAUUUGUAUCCACAGCCCGG